AUGGAGCACCCUGCAUGUCCUUUAAGCCUCGAGAAGACGGAUGAAGCAUACAAUUUCAUAAAGAAAAAUUUACCGAGCAUAUUGCAAAGUCCCCGUGUAGCUAUUGUUUGUGGCUCUGGAUUAGGCGGACUUGCAAACACUAUUGAUAGUGCGCAACGAGUAGAAAUUGAUUAUUCUGAUAUCCCUCACUUCCCUCGUUUGACCGUCCCUGGACAUGCUGGUAAGCUUGUGUUUGGACUACUCGACAAUAAAGUCCCGGCCGUCUUGAUGGUUGGCCGUGCACACUACUAUGAGGGUCAUUCCAUAGAACAAGUGACGUUCCCUAUUCGUGUCUUCAAAUUGCUGGGAGUUGACACGGUUGUUUUGACAAAUGCUGCUGGGGGUCUUAACCCAGAUUACGUCGUCGGCGACAUUGUACUACUAAACGACCACAUUUUUCUCGCUGGAUUGGCAGGUAUCCAUCCGCUGCGAGGACCUAAUUACGAAGAAUUCGGCCCUCGGUUCCCACCUCUGUCGGACGCUUAUGAUCUAGACCUGCGUCGCCAGGUUCAUAAAGCAUGGCAUGGAGUUAUGGGAUCAAAGGAAAGUAAUCGGAGAUUACAUGAGGGCGUUUAUGCUUUCGUUGGCGGACCUAGUUAUGAGACCAGGGCGGAGUGUCGGAUGCUUCGCCAGCUCGGGGCAGAUGUCGUGGGAAUGUCGACAGUCCCGGAAAUUGUCGUUGCAAGACACUGCGGUAUCCGGAUCAUAGCAUUUAGUCUGGUAACAAAUAACGCCGUACUAUCACCUGUCCCUCGUGGAGAUGAUCAUCUGAUUCAACAGAGGGAUGUGAAAGACCUAGACACUAUACUGCAGGAAGGGAAAGCUAACCACGAGGAAGUGCUCGAAGCUGGCCGAUCCGCAGCUCAGGAUAUGCAAAAACUCGUUGUCCAUGUUGUCUCAGAAAUUUUCACUAACACUUAG